AUGAAGCUGGGUUCGGAUGGGCAUUUGAGAGUGUAUGCGCUUAGCCACCCCGAGGGGUGGUAUGAAGUGGCCGAUAUUUUCAAAGGGUAUGUCAAGGAUUGUGCCUAUCCGGCAGUGUGCGGACGAUAUGGAAUUUGCUCCGAUGGGCAAUGUAGCUGUCCGGCUUCGAAUGGGGGGACGAGCUAUUUCCGGCCAGUAGAUAAUAGGCAGGCUAAUCUUGGGUGUUUCGAGAGUGUUACAUUGUCUUGUCAGACUUCACAACAAAGUUUUCUACAGCUCGAAAAUGUUACAUAUUUUAGUCUCACUCCAAAUCUUGGGGACAUAAAUGCUUCGAGUUGUAAAGAGGCCUAUGCAAAGAACUGUUCAUGUAAAGCAGCUAUAUUCCGGUAUCAUUCUAAUCGCACUUAUGGCAAUUGUUACUUACCAACUCAAGUGUUUUCACUUAUGAAAGUUGACAAGAAAAUGUUUUCCUAUAAUUCUAUUGCUUACCUUAAAGUGCAAAAUGUGGCAAAUGAAGCUCCUUAUACUCGAAUUGACAAUCGUAUGAGCAACCGUCUUCCUAUAAUACUUGGGUCUAGCCUCGGAGCUCUCUUUGCCAUGUUGAUUUUCAUCAUAGCCAUAGUUUUGUUUGUCCGAAAGAGAGCAAAGGAGGAUUACCUUGAUCAAGUACCUGGAAUGCCCACUAGAUUCACAUACAAUGAUUUAAACAUCAUCACAAAUGGAUUCAGCAAAAAACUUGGCGAAGGAGGUUUUGGUUAUGUUUUUGAAGGUACUUUAAGUGAUAGCACAAAAGUUGCAGUAAAACGCCUUAAUGGUUUUGGGCAGGUUAAGAAAUCCUUUCUAGCCGAAAUUGAGACUAUUGGCUGUAUACAUCACGUGAACCUGGUAAGACUCGUGGGAUUUUGCACUGAGAAAUUCCACAGGCUUCUUAUCUAUCAGUACAUGUUGAAUGGGUCUCUAGAUAGAUGGAUCUUUCACAAAUCCAAUGAGUGUGUUCUCCGCUGGCAACAAAGGAAGAAGAUCAUUCUUGAUAUAGCAAAAGGGCUUAAUUAUCUUCAUGAAGAUUGCAGACAAAAGAUAUUUCACUUAGACAUUAAAUCCCCAAAUAUCCUCUUGGAUGGCAAUUUCAACGCUAAGGUUGCUGAUUUUGGAUUAUCCAAGUUGAUAGACAAGGACCAAAGCCAUGUUGUCACAACCAUAAGAGGAACUCCUGGUUAUUUGGCCCCCGAGUGGCGAGGUGCAACAAUUACUGAAAAGGUCUAUGUGUACAGUUUUGGCGUGGUAAUUUUGGAGAUAAUGUGUGGGAGAAAAAUCUUGGAUCGCUCUCAAGAUGAAGAAGACAUGUAUUUACUGAGUUGUUUUAAGAGAAAGGCAGAAGAGGAACGAUUUCUGGACAUUGUCGACAAGUCUAGCGAUGACAUGCAACUAAAUGGACCGCAGGCAGUGAAUAUGAUGAGGAUUGCCGCAUGGUGCUUGCAAGGAGACUACACAAAAAGGCCUUCCAUGUCUAUGGUCAUCAAGGUGUUAGAGGGCAUUGUGGAAGUUCCGGAAGACUUGGAUUACAACUUCUCUGCUCAGGCUUCCACCAAUGGAGAAGCAAGAUUCAGACUGAUGGAUGUCAAAUUCAAUGAUACCACUACAUUAGUACCCUCAGUCCUAAGUGGUCCACGAUGA